AUGCCUCACAAAGUCAACGAUUCGAAUUCCACCCUGGCCAGCAGCGCCAGCAGCGGUGAUAGAGUAGUUGUCACAGACCUGCGAGGAUCGAAUCCUGUCCCACGCCGAACCCAACCCCCGGUAAUCAUACAUAACCAGGGAGGACAAAUUUAUGACGAGACACGACCUUCUGAUUGGGACAAACAGCGGUGGAAGUAG